UCAAGCCGACGAUAGGAAUGAUAUCUCGCUGCACGAGUGAGAGAGAGAAUGGGUGGGUGUGGCUGCAUAUGUGUGUAUUCCGUCUCCCCCUAGCUACCGACCUGUCGUUGGACACUGACCGCACCGACUCGCGCCUCGACGGCCUCUCCUUAACGCACAGUGGGGCCGCCUCAUUAGUAGUAUCUGACAGCCCCCCAACACCAGCUUUGGAACACGCCAGUGUCUGAGGAAUGACACACAAGCUUGUCAGACCUGAGUAGUCGUCAUGUCUCCCUCCCUCUCUCUCACUCACCGGCAGUCGUGUGUCGUCUUCUGUUCCGAUGCCCUCUACUCUCUGCCUGACGGCCUCUGUGAGCGCUUCGCGGCUGCUCUCCCCUUCAACGCCAUCAAAUGAGGACGGGGAAACAGCUACCGGCGCAGCAUAUGGGGGAGGGGCUGCAUCAGGGGAAUGGUCGUCCCUGCCCUCCCUGGGAGUGGCCAUCUCGCUUCCCACGGUCUUGCCCAGAUCCACCAGCUCGCACACAGACGGCACGCCCCCAACCACCGCCUCGUCCCCCCCACCAGCACCAUCCUCCUCCUGCUGCUCCUGUGGCUGCUCGUGGAGCUUGAAGGGCACCAUGUCGAGCGCACUGCCGCCGAGGGGCCGCCUCUUAACGGUGGCGAUGAAGGACUGUGAUUUGGACGAAGCGAGGGAGCGGGCGCAUGGUGAGGAUGAGGGGGUGGUUGGGGGCUGGGAGGUGGGCAGCAGGUGGGUCGCCUGGUCGUGCAGAGACUGCAUCGCGUCACUGCGUGCACAUGGAGAGAAGGCCAAUGGGAUGCCGCUGUGGCUGUCUCUUUUGUCUCUGCUACCGCUCAGUGCUCGGUCACCUGAUGGUCCUGAGCUGGUGUUCCAUCUGCAGCUUGAGGUCUCUUAUGGCAGACAGGGAGAACCGCUGCAGAUCCGCAGACAUCUCAAUCCGCUCCUGCAAACGACAAACAUCAUGUGACUGGCGCCGACGUGCGGCUGGUUGAUCAAUUCGUGCACCCUGUCGAUCUGUCUGCGUAUUUCCUCGAGCGACUCGUCGAACGAUAUGACGUUGUCCCUCACACGCCUGCCCAGCCCCAUCCCCACCCCCGCCCCCACGCCGCACCCCAGCAUCCCCACAGUGGACUGAAGCUGCAAAGGCACACGCACACACAAACAGACCACCAUCCCGCACGAGCUCGUGCAUCAAUCGCCCCCUCCCCGCCCACCGACCCACCUGUCGGAGCACUGCCGUCCGUGUGUGCAGCUCCUCCUCAAAAAUCUGCGCCCUUCUGCGCCAGAAGUCCAACUGCGCCUGCACGUCAUGCGGGCCUCCGGACACGCCCACACCAGCCCCAUCGGCUGUGGACGGGGUGGGCGUGGGUGUGGCCGUGCGGGACUCGCCCACCUCCACGCCCUCGUUGUCACUUGCUGCUGCAUACACCCAUGAAAGGACGGAUACACACCACAUGCAUCUGACACAGAGAGACUCACUACGGUGCUCACUCGGCGUGAGUCUUCGCUCGCGAGGCCUCCUUUCCUGCGGUGGCGGCUGUGGGCCGUCCAGAGAGUGAGGAGGGGGCGGUGGGGGGACCAUGGGGUGCUGGCAGAGUGAUGACGGCGGUGGAAUGGUCAAGAGAGGGGAAGAGCCUGGGUGUCUGGAGGGGGCUUGGGAGGGAGGCCCGCUCAGCUGCGAUCGGAGGGUGGCAUUCUCGUCCUCCAACACCUGAGAGCAGAAUUGACGCAUGAACGGCUUUUCUUCCGUCUGUGUGUCAUUGAGCGGUCCGGAUUUACCCUUUGGCCGUGCUCCUUUUCCUCGAUGAGUCUUUUGAGCCGCUCUUCCCUCUUUUCGUACUUGUUCUGCACUGUCUGCAGGUACUUGACACUGCCCCGGUGCAGCCACUCGGCGCGGCUCUCCGCCUCCUCCACACGCCGCUGGUACUCCCUCAGCAAAGCAUCCUUCGCCUCUUGCUGCUGCUCUUGCUGCUGCUGCUGAUCGAGCGGCUCCUCUACUGCAGCAGCAGCAGCAGCAGCAGGGGCGCCGUUGCACGCCCUGCGGACGGCCUGAAAUGUGUGAGAGACAUAUUAUAUCCACAUCUGCCUGUGCAGUUGUGUGUGUAGUAUCCGUCAUCCUACCACUGGCCGUGCCCCCGGUGGCUGCGAUGACGAUCGCCGGCUCGGUGGCAGCAUCGACAGGUCGGGAACAGCCUGCACAAUGGACAGGUACACACGUGUCCACGAGUGCAUGGGCGGGAGACCCACUCAUGUGUGUACGUGUGUGUCUGGUCUCGGCUGGUAGGGGAAUGGUCGCAGAGCUGCGGCUCUGUUGUUGGUGUUGAGGCGGAUGAGGGUGCGAUCGAUAUGGAUGUACUGCUGCCGCCUCGUGUGCUGGAUCAGCCGGGAGUCUGACGCCAUAGCUAGAGUCGACAGGGACGCCUAGACACACAGAGGGACAGUAUGGGUGAGUGUGUGUGUGUGUGUGGGUGGGUGUGGGUGUGGGUGUGGGCGUGUGUACCCACCGCUCUCUGCUGCAGUCCGGCGUUGAGGCAGAAGACCAUACACAGGCCGGUAUCCUUCUGCAGAAAGUCAUACAACACACGCGUAAGCACGCUCUGCCGUCGGUCGGACUCCUUCAAACUGCCCUCCUGUCCACACACAACGACACACGCCACCGUCUAAUGGACGCACUCGCCGGUCUCUCCUUUGUCCCUGCCUGUCUGUCUGCCUGCCUGCCUGCAUCUUUCUGAGGAGGCGGUUGAGCGAUGAGAGUGAGUUGUUGAGGACACGAGCGCUCGACCGCCCCUCUGCUGUCGGGUUCUCGUACUCCUUCUCACUGCCAGCCAGAUCCACCAGCGUCAAACAACCCAACAACACCGACUUGUCCUGAUGCAUCAGAGACACACUCCCCACUCCUCAACUCCCUCCCUCCCUCCCUCCCCCCCUGCCAACCUGCAAGUAUGUCUCGACGAACAGCUGGACUAUAGCGUGCGAUCUGCUGGACCGCACAUUCAGGCUCGACAGCCCCACCUUGCGCUUCACACACGCGUCCUCGAGCAUGUCGAGAGCGGCAUACGGCGAGUUCACGCUCACCACCUGGUAAGGGAAGCGGCUGGUCUUGAGGUAGAAUUCGCCGCGGGACACCUCCACCCCUUCGUCGUCGUGCACCGGGGGGAUCAGGUCCGUCAGCGUGUCGCCAUAUAUCUCAAAGCAACACAGACGAACGCGCCGCCUCCACGUCUCUGCCUUCUGCUCCUCCUCGGCCUUCUUGUCGAAGAGCGACUGGAUGAAGUACUGCAGGAGCCCCAGCUCGUUGUCCGUGCCGAAGAUGGUGUGCGUCUUGCCGCUCCCCGUCUGCCCAUAGGCCAUGACGGUCUCCCUGUACCCGUGGAAGAGGCCAGCGAUCUUGUCAGUGCAGUUGAGCUGAUCAAACACCAACAGGUUGUCCUCCCACGGCCCGAAGACGCGGCUGAACCGAUACUCCUGGAUCAGCGUCCCUCGCUGGCAGAGCAGCGAGUCCUUGCACUCGCCGUCAGGCACCGUGAUGCAUGCGGACUGGUGGUCGUCAUCAUCCAGGGGCUUGACGCGCACGACGACGCUCUUCUCGCCGCCAUUUGCAAUGGGGACGUCGCUGGAUGGCCUGCUUCGAACUCUGCUGAGGGUUCGGGAAGUGCCGAGGUCGGUCCUGGGAGGCGGUAGUCGUUGGUUAAGAGGGCGGGCAAACAUGGCGAUGCGAUGGCUAAGUGUGCACUGGCAAGAUGCACCAGAGG